AUGCGCCGGUCGGUCUGGCUGGCGCUGGCCGCGUCGCUCUUGCACGGUAAAGCCCCCGAGUCUCCCAGCCCUCCACUCCUCCUCCGCGGGAUCCCGGGAGCAUUCUGGCGGCUCCGAGCUCCCGGCCCCGUGUCCCUGCAAGGCGAGUUCCAGAGGAAGCUCUACAAGGAGCUGGUCAAGAACUACAACCCCUUGGAGAGGCCCGUGGCCAACGACUCGCAGCCGCUCACCGUCUACUUCUCCCUGAGUCUCCUGCAGAUCAUGGACGUGGAUGAGAAGAACCAAGUUUUAACCACCAACAUUUGGCUGCAGAUGUCCUGGACAGAUCACUAUUUACAAUGGAAUGUGUCAGAAUAUCCGGGCGUGAAGACUGUUCGUUUCCCAGAUGGCCUGAUUUGGAAGCCAGACAUUCUUCUCUAUAACAGUGCUGAUGAGCGCUUCGAUGCCACAUUCCACACCAACGUGUUAGUUAACUCUUCUGGGCAUUGCCAGUACCUGCCUCCAGGCAUAUUCAAGAGCUCCUGCUACAUCGACGUGCGCUGGUUCCCCUUUGAUGUGCAGCAGUGCAAACUGAAGUUUGGGUCCUGGUCUUACGGAGGGUGGUCCUUGGAUCUACAGAUGCAAGAGGCAGAUAUCAGUGGAUAUAUACCAAAUGGAGAAUGGGACCUUGUGGGAAUCCCAGGCAAGCGGAGUGAGAAGUUCUAUGAGUGUUGCAAAGAGCCCUACCCAGACGUCACCUUCACAGUGACCAUUCGCCGCAGGACCCUCUACUAUGGCCUCAAUCUGCUCAUCCCCUGUGUGCUCAUCUCUGCGCUGGCCCUCCUCGUAUUCUUGCUCCCUGCAGAUUCAGGGGAGAAGAUUUCCCUGGGGAUAACGGUUUUACUCUCUCUCACUGUCUUCAUGUUGCUGGUGGCUGAGAUCAUGCCUGCGACAUCCGACUCGGUGCCCUUGAUAGCCCAGUACUUCGCCAGCACCAUGAUCAUCGUGAGUCUCUCCGUGGUCGUGACGGUGAUUGUGCUUCAGUACCACCACCACGACCCCGACGGUGGCAAGAUGCCCAAGUGGACCAGGGUCAUCCUUCUGAACUGGUGCGCCUGGUUCCUGCGCAUGAAGAGGCCGGGCGAGGACAAGGUGCGGCCGGCGUGCCAGCACAGGCCGCGUCGCUGCAGCCUGGCCAGUGUGGACGUGAGCGCGGUGGCGGCCCCGCCCACCACCAACGGCAACCUGCUCUACAUCGGCUUCCGCGGCCUGGACGGUGUGCACGGCGCCCCCACCCCCGACUCGGGCGUCGUGUGCGGCCGCGUGGCCUGCUCCCCCACGCACGACGAGCACCUCCUGCACGGCGGGCAGCCCUCCGAGGGGGACCCGGAUCUGGCCAAGAUCCUGGAGGAGGUGCGCUACCUCGCCAACCGCUUCCGCUGCCAGGACGAGAGCGAGGCCAUCUGCAGUGAGUGGAAAUUUGCGGCCUGCGUGGUGGACCGCCUGUGUCUCAUGGCCUUCUCCGUCUUCACCAUCAUCUGCACCAUCGGCAUCCUGAUGUCAGCUCCAAACUUCGUCGAGGCUGUGUCCAAAGACUUCGCCUAACCUGGUCCUGGUCCCCCGCAUGUAGGAAGCGCGCAGACAGGCGAUGCCGUUGGCUUGGGAGAACUUGGGGUGCUAGUCCCACAGCCACACUCGACGUGAGGACGCUGAUGUACCCGGAGCGCUCGCUGCCAGUCAUCUCCCUUAUAGUUUCCUUGUUACUUUCCGUAAUAGGAUCUCAGCACGGUUUUGUUUAAUCCUCUCACAUGGGCGGCUUGAUGUUCUUGGAACAUCCUUAGGGUCGCCAGGACCACUGAGAGGUCAUUUUGCCCAUUUCCCAGUGCCUGGGGAGUCCUUCACAGAGGUCAGGGUGGCUCAGGACCACCAGGGGAGGCCUGUACAGUUGGUUUUGCAUGCCUGCAUGUCACUUGCCAAGAAGACCUAUGGAAACUUCAGCAUAAGCUUUUGCCUGUUUACAAACCUAGAUUGAAAGUAAUAAUAAUAGUAAUAAACCACACUCACUAGAUCCAUUCAAAUAAUUGGUAAAAGGACACACAACAAAAACUAAAAACCUAACUGCUGGUUUUUCCAUGAUUCAGGUUUUAUUUUUCUCUGCCAAAGAUGGUAGAGAGAAACAAUUUUACACUGUUCCUACGUUUUAUAAGAGAGAGCGAGACAUAGUUGGUCUUGUAAAUUAUGCUUUUACCAGUUUGAUUUCUGCCAACCUACCCUGUGGUGGGAAUCAGGAGGGACACGGAUGUGUGUUGAUUCUGAACCAGGACCAGACCUACACAAGUUAGGGGGAUUUCUGUAGAUACCAGGUGACUCCCAAACUUCCUGUGCUGCCCUCAGACAUUGGGGAGUGCAGUUUGCUCUAUUCUGAAAAACCCAAAGGACAAAGAGGGUUCUAUUAGAAUUACCAGCCCAAUGUAAUAGCUAAAGUUAAAUUAAGCCAGCUGUGUGUGUGUGUGUGUGUGUUUAAUAAUGCAUUAGAUGUUUCUCGUGUGCUAGAGUUGGUUGGUCUUAGAAACUUGCGGGUCCGUACAAAUGCACAACAUAAAGUGAAAGUAUGCUAGGCUUUUCCUUAUGUCUCAAGGCCAAAAAGCAGGAUCUGGGACCUCUUCUGGUUCCUUGUAUGGCAGGAACUGGGAAGGGGAUGAUGUGGCCAGUGGCUUUCCUGGACGCAAGGCCAGUGGAAGUCAGCAGGAGGGGCUGACGGGCUGAGGGUGGCUAUUCACCCAGUAACUCCAGUCUCUGGCUUUUAGGGAUCUGCUUUCCCACAGCUCAAUGACCCCAGCGUUAGCCCAGAAAGGUGGCUUGAACAGGUAGAUUCCCUGGAGAUAAGCAUUUUGAAAGCAAGGGA